AUGAAUGGGCCUGACCCAUUUUUAAACGAAUCAGCCCAUUUCACAGGUAGAGCGCAUAUAACACCGAAAACCCUAAUUUUCAUACUGUCUGCUUCCAUCACCCAGGUUUCAGUUCAGAUUCAAACUAGGGUUUUUUCGCCAUCAAUGGCUCCUAAAGGUGAUGUUUCGAAGAAGACUGAUCCAAAGGCACAGGCCUUGAAAGCUGCUAAGGCAGUGAAAUCAGGGACCGCCAUUAAGAAGAAGGCAAAGAAGAUCAGGACAACUGUUACAUUUCACAGGCCAAAGACUUUGUCGAAAGACCGGAACCCUAAAUAUCCUCGCAUCAGUGCUACACCAAGGAAUAAGCUUGAUCAUUAUCAGAUUUUGAAGUUUCCACUCACUACUGAGUCUGCUAUGAAGAAGAUUGAAGACAACAACACAUUGGUUUUCAUUGUUGACUUGCGUGCUGACAAGAAGAAAAUCAAGGAUGCCGUGAAGAAAAUGUAUGACAUCCAGGCCAAGAAAGUUAACACUUUGAUCAGGCCCGAUGGCACCAAGAAAGCUUAUGUUAGGUUGACACCUGAUUACGAUGCUUUGGAUGUAGCAAACAAGAUUGGUAUUAUCUAA